CUUAUUUGUACUUCAGGUUGUCUCUCCCAUCCAAAUGGGGCAAAGACAAUUUUCUAUGACUCACAGGCCUGCCGGGACUUGGCCCGCCCGCUACAACGGAAACUAGUGUUUGGAACGUAGGGGUCAGAUCGCGCGAGAAUGAGCGGGGUUUGGUGCAAAACUUGCGAACGCUGACAGAAGCCUCGAGGACCAAUCACGGAGACAAGGAGGCAGGAACAACGGGGGGUUAAAGGUCAGGCGGAAGUUCCCGGAGUUUCCGGUGGCCGGCUGGAGCGCGAACUAUGGCUAAACAUCAUCCGGACUUGAUUUUUUGUCGCAAGCAGGCUGGUGUUGCCAUCGGAAGACUCUGUGAAAAGUGUGAUGGCAAGUGUGUGAUCUGUGACUCCUAUGUGCGUCCCUGCACCCUGGUGCGCAUAUGUGAUGAGUGUAACUACGGCUCCUAUCAGGGGCGCUGUGUGAUCUGUGGAGGCCCGGGCGUCUCUGACGCCUAUUAUUGCAAGGAGUGCACCAUCCAGGAGAAGGAUAGAGAUGGUUGCCCAAAGAUUGUCAAUUUGGGGAGCUCUAAGACAGAUCUCUUCUAUGAACGAAAAAAAUACGGCUUCAAGAAGAGGUGAUUGGUGGGUGACCUCUUUCUCCCCUCAUCAAGCUGCUGCAGCUGCCAGAAAAGACGCCUACUGCCAGCAGAAAGGGAGCGGAGUGCAGAACGUCGCCCAAAUUGCCUAUUAGCACAUUGGCACCUCUUCGCCCUUUCCUCUCCUCUCACCCAGAUAAGGUGGCAGGAAUGGAAAAGGAUUCUUCACAGAAUGCUCUGGCAGACUAAAUCAGAAAAAAACGAUAGAUUAGUUCAUGGUUUUUCUUGAAUUCAAGAAGCAAGACUCUUUUUUCCACAUUGACAAGUUCUCUCUACAUCAGAGCUUCUAAAACAGAAAUUAUAUCAUUUCAGUGAUCUUUUUGACUAUAAAACUAUCUGUGAUCUUACAGCAGCUCUGAUGGUAGUUGUCUUUGAUGAAACAUCAGCAGUGUGGUAAGGAGCUCUUGGAACAAUAAAUGUGGGUGUUUAAUCUUGUAACACUUACCAGGUGGUGCUGGUUCAUGUUCUAAGAAAUUGGAAACCCUUUCUGUUGCUAUUGUAUUAAUAAAGUAGGUGUUUAUUUUCUGGUA